GCCGGACCUUGUGUGGAUACCCCAAGGAUCUGGGCCAGGCGAUCCUUACGCUUUUUAUCGGAAUGAAGCUAUAAAGCAGUUCCCACAAACUAGAAACUAUCGCCGUUGUUGCACUGCGUAUCUGGUCGGAGAAUAAGCAAGGGCCAAAAUGCAUAUACUCCACCUAGGGCGGCUGAGCGCAGAUAUUGAAUGCACACCACCCUCGCUUGAUUGUGCAGAUGUGGCUGUGGGCGGCUGUAACUUCCUCGAUUUAGUGUACGUCAAGUCGAGAGAUAGCGGUCAGGCUGGCAGCCAGGCCUAUGCGACAAAAGGUUCCAAACCCCCAGCGCGUCCACUGUUGGGGGCGGCACUUCCCCGUGAAUCUGGGGCAAAACUGCGUCGCACCAGGCCAGUUAGCGCACCAGUUGUUGGCGGUCACUUGCUCGCCACUGGGCACCUGCAGCACGCUAACGGCCGGGGCUGAACAGAUGAUUCAGUGGCUGGAGGGGGAAGU